AUGGCAAAGAACCUGGACAUGUUCUCUUCAUUUCCAGAAUCCCUUCAUCUCUCCAUCAUCUCCUUGCUUCCCUACAAAGAAGCGGCAAGGACUUCAAUCCUCUCCAAACAGUGGUUUGAAACAUGGCGUAAGACAAAGAUGAUUGAUGUGGAGUUCGACGAACUCUUCUUCGAGAAACCCGAUGAGUUUGAUGAAUCCAAAGAAGCUCAUAGAAGGAAUUUCCUCAACUCUAUCACUUAUUGGAUCUCACACAACAGAAACCAAUUUGUGGACAAGUUCUCUCUCAAGGUCUCUCACCCUGAGAGUUGCCGUGAAAUCAUAGAGCAUUGUUUUGCUUUCGCGACACAACGUGGGGUGAAAGAUUUGAGGCUUGAUUUCUCUGACCCAAACUGGAAAGAGAAUACCAUGGAUGAGCAUACUGCUUUGAUGCAAUUGCCACAACAUGUCUACGACCUUGGGUCAUUGCUUGAGUCCUUGAAACUAUACUCAUGCGGUUUUUCCAUGCCUCACAUGCUUAAGUUUCGGUCGCUAAAAGAGAUUUCCUUGGGCUGGAUUGAAAUUAGUGUAACCACUCUUCGAACUUUGCUUUACAGUUGUAAGACUCUUCAGAACUUAAGCUUGAAGAAGUGUGGGGAAUUAGAAAGCUUUAACAUGGGAGAUGAAAAGAUUGGAUUGAAAAGGUUAGUGAUUGACAAGUGUCAAUUUGAGUAUACAGACAUCUUUUUCGAUGCUCCAAAUCUUGUGUUCUUCAAGUACUCGGGAGGUGUAUGGAAUUCAGAUAUCAACAUAAAACGAGAGGUCAUGGAAGAGGUAGAAAUAGAUUUCCCCUAUGAGUUCGAGCCUAAUUUCAAUGAAUAUGCUGAUGAACUCUACACCAUACUGAGCGAUUUCUACCAUGUCCGGGUGUUAACUGUGUGUAGUGUCUUACUUCAGAAAUACAUUUCUCGGUUCUCGGUUCUUACUUGUGAAUAUGUGUUUCUUGUUAUGCAUGAAAAAUUGAAGGCUAUUCCAUUUGGAGAAGAUAAAAUACGGCAUGGCUUGAAUGUGAGGCAUUUGAUUUUGAAGACUCAAAUGCAUCCUAAUGAAUUAUACGGUUUUACGUUCCUUUUGGAAAGUUGUCCUUGGUUGGAGAAGCUCACACUGGAGAUAGGCCCGCGAGUAAUAUACAAUGACUAUGAACCUCCUUACAAUAUUGACCUUCAAAAAUUCUGGGAAAGGCCUAUGUUGCAAACGCCUGAAUGUUUGGCAAAAACUUUAGAGGUUGUGGAGAUCAAAGGUUGUACGGGAAGUUUGGAUGAAUUUAAGGCUUGCUUUUAUUUGAUCGGACUUGGAAGUUCUUUGAAAGAGAUGAAUAUAUAUUUGAUGAAGGAUGAAAAUGAGGAAAUACGACGUGGAAUUAUAGCACAAUUUGUACCUGGCUUUCCAAGGGCUUCAAAGGAUUUAGAUAUAUUAAUUGCAUGA